GAUUUUCAGUCUGAUACCGAGUUCGCGCUAUUCGAUUUCGAUUCCUAUUCCGAAUACUACAAUUGGCGUCGCGGCAUGAAGUUGCGCACUGUCGAAUCCCUGAGUCUACAUUCACAUCCGUCUGAGAUUGAAAAAUGGGUCGAACGUUUUGAGCUGUGGUGCAGCCUACGACAGAACGGAAGACAGGAUCAAUCCGUACUAUUUCUCACGGUUGGUGGAAAGGAAAUGUAUUCUCUGCUGAAGAAUUUCGCCUUCCCCGACAAUCCGGCCAAGUUACCAUUCCCGAUACUGAAACAAUUGCUUCUUGCCCACGUGAUGCUUGUUGAUUUCCAAGCUACUGUGAGGGCAAAAUUCAAUUCGGUGGUUCGUGCCGAGUCAAUAUCCCGUCGAUAUUUCAUACUUGUGCUCAACAAACAGGCUUCCAAGUGUAACUAUGGAGACAGACUAGAGCAGCAAUUGUGUGAUUGCCUUAUUGCAGGCAUUAACAAUAUAAAUUUCCAGAGAAAGUUGCUGGAAAAGAAGGAUCUAACAUUUUCCGAGGCUGGGAGGAUAUGUGAGCAGCAUGAUGAUCUCACUGCAUCAACAACCCGUAAGUCGCCUACGUUAUUCCAGAGUAGUUCACGAGGCAAUAAACCUGGGAUGCAGUCCAAAUCUCCUCAUAAUCAGACGACCAGAGGACCCCAACCACGAAUAUCAAUCGGUGUAUGUCGUGCGGUCAAUUUCAUUUGCGGUCCAACUGUCGAUUCCGAGAUGCAAAGUGUCAUUCCUGUGGUAAAGUGGGCUAUAUUCAGAAGGUAUGCCGCCAAAGGAAAUGCAAUAUGA